AUGGGUGGUGAUCUGAACCUUAAGAAGUCAUGGCACCCAUCGCUGCUGCGCAACCAAGAGCGCGUAUGGUCGGAGGAACAGAAAGCGCUAGAAGAGCGCAAACGCAUCGAACAACUUCGCCGAGAGCGCGAGGAAGAGCGACAGAUUCAAGAGCUUCAGCGCCUUCAGGAAGCAUCCGGCAAACAGAAAACGCAUAACCGCGUCGACUGGAUGUAUCAGGCGCCCUCGAGCGCAACAGGCCAAUACACCGAGGAGAUGGAGGGAUAUUUGCUCGGGAAGCGGCGAAUCGAUGGUAUUCUUUUGAAAAAGGAUACCGACAACCAGAAGCUGGAGAAAGGCGCGGAUCUUGUUGGUGCGAAUGCUGCCGCCGCUGCCGCCGCUGGGCCAUCUAUUGGCUCAGCGCGUGAUACCAUGGCGAAGGUUAUGGCGGAUCCUCUCUUCGAGGUUAGGAAGAGGGAGCAGGCGGCCUACGAGGCUAUGGUUAAGGAGACCAUAAAGCGGAAGGAGAGAGAGGAGAGGCGGGGUGGGGAUCGGAAGCGCGACCAUGAGAGAGAGCGGAGACAUCGGGAUCAUGAUUCGAAGCGCAGACGGUACAGUGAUGAUGCGGAUGAUGGAUCGAGACACCACUCUCAUCGUUCGUCACAACGCCGUCGAUCCAGAUCGCCUACUGAAGCGGAGAGGUCUUCGCGCAGGCAUCGCAGUGACAGGGACCGCGAUGGUCGGGAUCGGAGAGAUGGAAGAGAUCGUGCCCGAACUCGUGGAGAGGAUCGGGACCACCGUAGCGAUGAGGGACGAUCUCGUCGUGAUGAUCGUGACCGCGAUCAAGGGCGCCGUGACUACCGAGAGAGAAAAGAUUCAUACACCAGCAGUCGUCCGGACCGCGACGACAGACGGGAUCGCGAUAACGACCGCACUCGGUCUCCUCGACGUUCCUCCCCCCAUGACGACCGACGGGAUCGCGAUCCUAAGCCUGACAACGAUAACGACCGCGCUCGGUCUCCUCGACGCUCUUCUCCUAGACGUCCUUCUCCCCGUCGGCGCAGUCCCUCGCCACGCCCAACUCACGUCCGCAAUGGCCGCGCCCAGGACCAAGACACUCGUCGUGACUACCCCCGACGCAACGACAACAACUUCAACAACCGACGCGAGAACUUCGGCCGGCCGCCUCGUCCUGCGCAGCCUAGACCUGAUCCCAAGGCUCUGGAAGAAGAGCGCGCCCGCAAGCUAGCAGAGAUGCAGUCCAACGCCACUGAACUGGAAACUAUUCGACACCAGCGGAUUGCCGAGAUCGACAAGAAAGAGGAAACACAGAGGGAAGCUGAUGACCGGCAGCGAUCAGACCGGGGUGCGUUCAUGUCCCAGGUACACAAGCGUGUACAAGAGGAUAGUCUUGAUGAGCGCAUCCGACGCAGCCGUGGUGGAUUGUCGAAGAUGGAUGAUGAGUGA